AUGUUAGAGUAUUUACUGCUCAAUUCCCUCGGAUUUACUAGCUUUUAUGCUCUUGAAAUGAAUGUUCCAAAUUUAAAAACCUUAAUAUUGACUGAGUGUGAGGGGUUGAGCGAAUAUGACGGUUUAGAGGAUUGUCAACAUUUAAAGCAUUUAACAAUAAAUGACUGUGCCUAUCCAUUUGAAAUAUUUAAUGAAACACGUUUUCUUGAGUUAGAAAGCUUUGAAUACAGUGGAUCCGGUUAUAUAAAUCCAAAAUACUUUGAAAAAGAAAAUUUAACUUUUCCUCCAAAUUUGAAACAAUUAUCAAUCAAAACUUCCGAUUUCAUUAAUGUCAGGUCGAGUCAAAUAGUAUUUCCUACUUCAUUGAUCCGUUUAGAGCUUUUAGAUGUAUCGUUUAUUGAUCAAUACUUUCAUUUGGAUGACAAUUUACAAUAUAUUCACAUUGAGACACCAAAACUUUUGUUUGACAGCAAAUUCAAUAUCCCUUCUAUGACCGAGGAAUUGAUAUUAAAAGCUGAUUAUCUAAUAUUUGAAAGUCCAAAUUUCAUGUAUUCCUUGCCAAAGAAUCUUUUACGAUUGCAUUUAAUUGCUGACAAACAAGGAAAGAUGAGUUCUUUUAUUCAAACAAUCAAAUGGCCAUUGAUAGUGAGUGAUUUUGCAAUAAAGGGUUUCAAUAUUGAUUACAAGACAUUGAAGUUAUUGAAUUUAAAAGAAUCUAGACUCAGAGAAAUUAACGUUUGUCAAGGCAAUGUAAAGGUGUUAAAUACAGAUUUGUUUCCCAUUAGUGUUGAAUAUUUCACUUUGCUGCAUAUGGGGAUACACAAAUUACCUGCUUCAUUAGAAGAAUUGAAAAACUUACAAAAGUUAUCUCUAUCAGGUAAUCAAUUUAGAAAAAUAAACUCUGUCAAGUUGCCAAUAUCGUCCUUGAUAGAUUUAAAUUUAAGUCAAUGUAACCUUGGUUUAGUGUCACCAUUUUUGGUUUCAAUGUUUGAGGAAAAGAAUAGAAAUCCAAAGUUAAGAGUAAACGCUACGGGGAAUUUAAAUAUCAAUAUUAGUGAUAUAAAAAGAGCCUUAAAAGUAAUUAAAGGACUUUCAUUAGAACUCAACAAAUUUAAUGAAGCAUUGACGGAAAUAUCCAAACAUUCUUCUCGUUUGCAUUGUAUAAGUCAACUUGUCGAUCCUUACUUUGAGGAAUCUACAACUGAAAAGAUAGUGGGCUCUGAUUACGACCCAGAAGAUCUUUACAAUGGAAGUGAUUUUAAUCUGGAUGAAGAGGAAAUUGAUUACGUAAUUGCUCCAGUAACCGAGGACGAAAGUGAAGAAGAGAGUGAAGAAGAUAUUGAGGAAGAUAACUAA